CAUCUGGGGAAAUACAAGCAUACCCCUUUCCCUGUAAGAUUAAUUUUCCAGGUUUCCAUUGUUUAUUUAACCCGUCUUGGUACCAAAUGGGCAGAGGAAAAGAAGAAUCCUUCAAUUCUUCGAAAUGUUUUUCUGCUCUAGUCAAGAUAUCUCCUUGUGCUCUAGAAUGUUUCCAGUGCCACAGAGUCAACGCCAGCGGGGUCUGCGAGUCUACAGGAGGCACCUGUCAGACUAAGGAGAACCAGCAGUGCUUUCUGAGGAAGAUCUACGAAGGUGGCAAGCUUUCCUACGGACACCAGGGUUGUAGCCAACUAUGUAUUCCCAUGAAGCUCUUUAAUUUCGAUAUUACUGUGGAAUAUAAAUGCUGUCAAGACUCGCCUCUCUGCAACAAGUUCUAAAGACAGGGCCCCCAGCUUUUGCCCUGAUCUGUUGGAUGAAGCUAAUUUAGGAAUCCCUAAAUUGCAAGCCCCCAAGCCACCACAGUCUCCAAGACUCUCUGAUCUGAAUGUGGAUCCCCUGUGAGAAGCAGUCUCAGAUUUGAUCUAUCUUCAGACUCCUUUUCCUUCACUGCGAAAAGCCCCAGGGAUGUAGUCUUUGAAACCAAAUUGGGAUGAAGAUUAGUGGGCAUAGCUAUGUACAAGGGUACUUUCUCCCUUUUCAGGUCCUAAUUGGCAGUUACAUUGAUUGGCUGCUUAAAAAGGCAGGGUCUGGGGAAAGCUGAAUUUAUGAUUCUGCAUGUUCUGGAGACAGGAACUGAAGGAGGAGGGGGAGUCUUCCAAGGCUGAAAAAAGUAGAAGUGUGAGGGGCUCCAUAAAUAAUGGGUUAGUUCAGUGGGCUAGGUGGUGUAACUCAAAUCUCUUAAGUAUCAGUGGCUUAAAAAAAAAUGGAGUCGCUUAUGUCAAAGGGAUCUAAGAUGGAGCUGGGAGGCAUUAA